UUCCGGCGCGUAUGUACAGACGUCACUUCCGCCCCGGAAAUUUUCCGGCGGCAGAUCGGAAAAAGUGCUUGGAGCUACAGACCCUGGAAGGAGAGAAAAGCGGGCGGAACGCAAAGGUUCCUCAAAGGACCCCUCGCGCCUUCCCUCCUUUCUGAGAAGGGCUGUUGGGCGUUUCCUGAUCUCUGAGGUGUGCUUUAUGGGGCAAAGGGAAAGGUCAUUCUGACUGCGUUAGGAGUUGAAGCCAUGAAAAUCUUCUGGAGCUCCACUGAACUCCCGGGAACACAAGAUCCAAAUCUCUGUUUAAAUCUUUCACCACGGAUUGUGUGACCUUGGUUUCUGAAUGUUGAAUGUCCACCGUGCGCCAGAAACUGUUUAUUUCAUUUAAUUCUCUCAGUAACCCUGCGAGGUAAAUAAUCAUCCCCAAUUCUGCGCAAAAUCUAAGAGGCAGUGUGGGCGUGGAAAGGCGCUUUGGCUCAAGAUUUGAAUCCUGGCUUCAUUACUUACUUGUGUGACCUUGGGCAAGGACUCCUCAUAGAGUUAUUUUCUAAAACGUGUUCCAAAGAAUGUGAAGAUACUGGGACUGAACUGAGGAAAGGUUCCAAGGUCAAGUAUUUAAGAGAUUAUGGCAUCUGAAACCCACAAUGUUAAAAAACGGAACUUUUGUGAUAAUAUUGAGGAUCAUUCCACUGAUCUUCCUAGAAAAAGGAUCUCUAAUUUCACUAAUAAGAACAUGAAGGAGGUUAAGAAAUCUCCAAAACAGUUGGCUGCUUACAUAAAUAGAACAGUUGGACAAGCUGUGAAAAGCCCAGAUAAACUACGUAAGGUGAUCUAUCGCAGAAAGAAAAUUCAUCAUCCUUUUCCAAAUCCUUGUUACAGAAAAAAACAGUCCCCUACAAGUGGGGGCUGUGACAUGGCAAAUAAAGAAAAUGAACUGGCUUGUGCAGGCCACCUCCCUGAGAAACUACGCCAUGAUACUCGAACAUAUUUAGUUAACUCCAGUGAUUCUGGUUCUUCACAGACAGAAAGCCCAUCAUCAAAAUAUAGUAGUUUUUUUUCUGAGGUUUCUCAGGACCAUGAAACAAUGGCACAAGUUUUGUUCAGCAGGAAUUUGAGAUUGAAUGUAGCUUUAACUUUCUGGAGAAAGAGAAGUAUAAGUGAACUUGUAGCUUAUUUGGUGAGGAUAGAAGACCUUGGAGUUGUGGUGGAUUGCCUUCCUGUGCUCACCAAUAGUUUACAGGAAGAAAAACAGUACAUCUCACUUGGCUGCUGUGUAGACUUGUUGCCUCUGGUAAAAUCACUACUUAAAAGCAGAUUUGAAGAAUAUAUAAUAGUUGGUUUAAACUGGCUUCAAGCAGUCAUAAAAAGAUGGUGGUCAGAACUAUCAUCCAAAACAGAAAUUAUACAUGACGGAAAUAUUCAGAUUUUAAAACAACAAUUAAGUGGAUUGUGGGAACAGGAAAACCAUCUUACUUUGGUUCCAGGAUAUACUGGUAAUAUAGCCAAGGAUGUAGAUGCUUAUUUAUUACAGCUGCAUUGAGAGACUUCAUCUGCUAAAUAGCAUUUGGUAAUUCAGAACAUCCCUGGACUAUAUGAUUUCCCCAAAAAUGUCUCAUCUGAGAACUGAACUGUGAAAGAAAUCAAAACCAUUUUUUCCCUUUAAAAAGCCACAUAGUGAAACCACUAACGAAACGCUAACGAUCUACUUCACAUUGAAGUGGAAAAAUAUCCAAAAAGAGCAGCUCCAACUUCAGUGAGGUGAAAGUGCACUAUGAAGACUGUUCGCCUUUGCUGCAUUUGGGAUUUAUAUGGUUAUUUGGUAACGUUGUUUAAGAACUACUGGGUCUUAAUGCAAUCCUGCAUAAGAAUAUAAUUUAUACUAUGUGAAAAAAUAAGACAGGACUUACUACUAGGAAUCACAAAGACCAAUCAUCAUUACGUUUUUUAAGAUUAUGUUUUAUAAGAAGACACUUAAAUGUGUUCAACUACUAUUUUCUUAUGUUGAAAGGACCUUGAAAGUUUAAACCAUCAUAGCAAAUAAUCAAUACUAAAAGUUUUUUGUUCACACUGAGAUACUGUGUAUGCAAAAUGCCUUAAUUACUAAUAAGCCAAUGUGUAAUAUCUGUUUAAGAAAAUUAGAACCAACCAUGCUUCUGAAAUGAUAAAAUCAUGGAAUUAAAUCAGGGGUUUCCACUCAUGUAGAAUGUUGUUGUUAAAACUUAUUCCACACCAUUUUUAAAACUUGAGAAUAUUCUUAGUAUCUCUGAUUUUUUUUUUUUUUUUUUUUGCCAGAAUCAUCAUGUCAUGUAUGUAUGUGUUAUUCCUAUAUAUAAGAAAAAGGUGAAUAUGUUUUUGUAUGAAUGCUUAACUGGAAAUGUCCGUGGAGUUGGCUAAUUUAUAUUCACUUUUUAUUGCAUAUAGAUUUCUAAUAUUUUCAGUUCUGUGUCAUUUAAGUUUUCUUCAUUUGAGUAAAUUCACUAAAUAUUUCUAUUUUUGCUUUUUUUAAUUCUGAUUUUAUAUGAAUUGAUUUUUUUCACUACAUAUCUUUAAAGAAUUACAUAUAAUGCUUUAGAAAUGUUUACAUUUAGUGCUGACCUUGUAUUUUAAAUUCCAACACUUUACAUUACUACCUCCUCCAAUGGUUGGUAUAAAAUGCCAGCAGGCUGUAUGAGGUCUUUUUUUUUUUUAAUACCAGUUUUAGUAUCAAUGAACUUCACUUCUGAAAUUUGUGUAUUAUCUUGAAAGUGAUUGGGGUUUAAAUACCACUGUUGGUGGUUCAUACAUCAUCUUAUCUUCAAUAAGCCUGAAAGGCAUCUGAGCAAAGAUUUUUAGUAAUUGAAUUUCUCUGCAGUAAUCCUUCCAGCACUUGAAUGUAAAUCUUUAGCAUUUACCAAAUUAGCCACUACUGAUGUGAAUCCCAAACAAGCAUCUUUCUUUCUUUAAAAAUGUUAUAUUUCACUGUUACAUUUUUGUGUAGCUAUAUUUUAUAUAGCUAUGUAUUCAUCACAGUGAACAUCAGUUGUAAUUGGUUAUUCUCUAAAGUCUUUAGAUUAGAAUAAUUUAUUACUGCACUUCUAGAUUUUGAGAGUUAUUUAAGAAAUUUGUUUUUCAGGAGGUGAGAAUUUGAAUUGUGAACCUGUGUCAUCUCUAUGAAACCUUAAGAUGAUGAAAUAUAAUCUUUUUUUGUUCCUAUCUGUUUAGUUAUCACUCUCUUAUCUAACAGCUUCAACCAGUUAACUCAGUUGGUGCACAGUGCUAAUGAGGCUAAGGACAGGAUGUCAAUCCUUUUAGGAGUUUAUUAACUUUAUACACAUACACAGAAUUGUUCAUGGCUACAGACUGCACCUUCUCUUAGAUAUCGAUCUCACAAAUUCAGCUCUUUGUCACAAGGAAGAUGGUAUGUAUAGCAAAGCAUAAACCCUUCAUUCAUCUCAGAUGGAAAGAUAACUCAAAUAAUUGGCAUAUGGGAUACUACAGACCUUUAAUCUUGUAUUUAAAAUAGUAUUAAAAUUAACAGUAUCUAAAAAUCUGUGUUACUGUAAUUUUCUCUGGGUAAGAUCAUUAAACAGUAUCUUCUAAAAAUCAAAACUUCAGUCAAAAUUAAGUACAAAUACAAAUGAAACCUAGUAAGAAAAGGUAUUAUCCCAUUAACACUGGUUUCCUAUGCUUAUGUUUGGGUUUGUUUAAAGGAGAGUAGAUGACACUUCAUUUUAAGCACUCGGAGCUGUAUAAGGCAGCAGUCUUUAACUAACUUACAAAUGUGAUUCAGUGGCACACACUCCCAAUUUCUGUUCUUGGCCUUUGCAGUUUACCUUAGUACCUACCUCUGUCAGUUACUGAGUUAUGAUUAGUAUUAGGUAAUUUUUAAAUUCUUGGAUAAAAGAUGUUAGAUAAGUAAAUGUUGAACUCUUCAGUUGCUGUUAAGCUCCUCUCGUGCUUUUUAAUCAGAACAGUGUUGAUCUCCAGAAAGAGCCAAAGAGUUUACAAAGUAUUUUGGCUGUUGUAUUGACCUAGAUUAGGACAAUUGGUGUCUGUCAUUGCUCAUUUGUUGCUGUGCUAUUAAGCAGUGUAACUGAAGGACUACCCAAGGUCUCUAUGCUGUUUAAUCUCGUCUACCUUCUUCAGCUUUCUGUACUCGACUUUGCUAACUUUGCAAGUCUAGGGGCAGGUAGUUUAUUGAGGUGGUAGACGGUUAUAAUCAAGCAAUUUGCUUCUACUAGAGAUAAAGUAAAUAGAUUUUAUAAGGAGUGUUCCUGAUCAGAAUAAAAGGUAAAAGUUAGAAAGCAAGCAUUAUUAGAUAGUUUUGGCAGUAAUUUCAAAGGUAAUUGACAGAUUAUUUACAUGAAUCCUGAGGUGUGAGAAUUUGGGUAUAAAUGUCUAUAUUUACUUUGACUAACCAUUAAUAACAGCAUUGAACCCUAAGGACUAUUGAGGAAUUAAAUCCCCUAAACAUGCUUGGUACAUGUCAUGUCCUAAUCUUAAAAAUGGUUAUAUGGAUUCAAAGCUAUAUAUAUCUAGACUUUGAAAUAGUAAUUUUCUCAAACUUGUAUUUGGCAAGUUAUUGAUAAUAAUUAAUAUUAAUGGAUAACUAAUUUGAAUAAUGAUUAUUAGCUAUUAAAUGCUUAUAAUAGAAAUCAUUUUAAAUGUUUAUUUAGUUACUCAAGUUAGUCAAGGAAUUUGAAAAAAACAAAAUUUAAGUUACUAUUUUAGGAGUCAUUCCCAGUUAUUUUUCUUCCUAUUUAAGAACAAGAUGGUAAUGUCAGUUGCCUUUGUUGAUUUUAAGAAAAAAAAAAAAAAGACUCAUAAGCAGCUGACCCAACUGGAGUGAUCCAUUUGGUUGCACUACUUAUUUUUCAACACAGCCUUUUAUUUGGAUGACUUCAGAUGAAAACAGUAUUGCUGGACAUUUGUUGGUAGGUAUUUACUCCUACGUUACUCUUUCUCCCUUAAUUUCUAAUUCUUCUAGCUAUGAAAAUUGUCUUAAAACUUUGUGACACACUAUUUCCCCUCCUUUUUAUUUCUGUAACAGGCAUAUAGAAUAAAAAGUUCAUCCUUAAA